AUAUCUAAAUUAUUGUGCAACCUACGUAGAUAAAUUACAUUCGAAACGUAGCAUUUCCGACGAUAUUCAAGUGUUUCGUUCAAAGACGUUGGUAUUCCUGCGGUGACUACGCGUGUUUAGUAAAAUGGAAGAAAUAGGAAUAAUACUCACUGACAAGCUAGAAGACACUGCACAGGAUGCAAAGCAAACUACUACAGGCGCAUUGGGGAUCGGUGCUUCAGAUGAUACGGAUUUCGAGGACUUGUACACAAAGUAUAAGAAGCUUCAGAGGCAACUGGAAUUCUUAGCUGUGCAGGAAGAAUACAUAAAAGAUGAGCAGCGCAACUUGAAAAAGGAGUACCUCCAUGCGCAGGAGGAAGUUAAGCGGAUACAGAGUGUUCCCCUGGUUAUUGGGCAGUUUCUCGAGGCUGUUGACCAGAAUACUGGAAUAGUUGGCAGCACUACAGGUUCAAACUACUAUGUCCGAAUACUGUCGACAAUUGACCGGGAACUUCUGAAACCUUCAGCAAGUGUUGCUCUCCACAAACACAGCAAUGCACUGGUUGAUGUUCUCCCACCUGAGGCUGACUCAUCCAUAUCAAUGCUCCAGGCUGAUGAGAAGCCAGAUGUAACAUACUCUGACAUAGGCGGUAUGGACAUGCAGAAGCAGGAAAUUAGAGAGGCUGUGGAACUGCCCUUGACACACUUUGAACUCUACAAGCAGAUUGGUAUUGAUCCACCCCGUGGUGUACUGAUGUAUGGGCCACCAGGCUGUGGAAAGACCAUGCUAGCAAAAGCUGUUGCUCAUCAUACUACUGCGGCAUUCAUCCGGGUAGUCGGCUCAGAAUUUGUCCAGAAAUAUUUAGGGGAAGGCCCACGAAUGGUGAGAGAUGUAUUUAGACUUGCCAAGGAAAAUUCUCCUGCCAUCAUCUUCAUCGAUGAGAUUGAUGCCAUUGCAACGAAGCGAUUUGAUGCACAGACUGGUGCAGACCGAGAAGUGCAGAGAAUUUUAUUAGAAUUGCUCAACCAAAUGGAUGGCUUCGAUCAGACUACAAAUGUUAAGGUUAUUAUGGCAACGAACCGCGCUGACACUCUCGACCCAGCACUCCUCCGGCCGGGUCGUCUUGACCGCAAGAUCGAAUUUCCUUUACCUGACAGGAGGCAAAAGCGGUUGAUCUUCUCAACGAUUACAAGCAAGAUGAACCUGAGCGAAGAAGUGGACCUGGAGGAUUAUGUUGCUCGUCCAGAUCGCAUCUCUGGUGCGGACAUAAAUGCCAUCUGCCAGGAGGCUGGAAUGCAUGCAGUACGUGAGAACCGUUACAUAGUACUUACGAAAGAUUUCGAAAAGGGUUACAAAAAUAAUAUAAAGAAAGAUGAAUCAGAACAUGAAUUCUACAAAUAAACUGUUUCUAAUUUUAUACUGUUUACUAAUAAAUUAUGUUUUGUGUUCAGUUUA